AUGGUGGCGUGCUCUCCAAGUUUCAUGCGCAAACUUAAUGUUGUGGGUUUUUGUACAGAUGUUAUUCACAAUUCCACGUCUUCUUGGAAACUUAUGGGUAAUGUGGUCUUCAAAUUUUUCUACGCCGGUGGUUUAAAUAAGACUCGACAGGCCAUUACUAUUGGUGUUGAGGGUGUCCAGGUUUCUUUUAUUCACGCUAGCUAUUUGCAAGUGACUAGAAGAGCUCUUUGGCAGCAACUGAAUAUGGGUCAUUCUCAGGUUCCUUGGCUUUCAAUUGGAGAUUAUAAUUGUGUUUUGCGUGGUGAAGAAAAGAAGGGUGGAGCUGAGCCGCGUGCUUCAGUUAUAAAUGAAUUUAGUGAUUGGAUUGAUGACAAUGGGCAUUUUGAAGCUAAUGCUCUUGGUUGUAACUUCACCUGGUCUAAUCGUCAAGCGGGUUCUAAAAGAAUUUUGAGUAAACUUGAUCGUGCGAGUUGGGAUCAGCCUAUGGUGGGUUCUCCGGCAUAUAUUUUUCCUUAUAAGUUAAAGAGACUUAAAGCAGAUAUGAAAGAAUGGAACAUAUUGGUUUUUUGUAAUAUUUAUGUGCGAUUAAAGGAAGACCAGUUGAGACAUGAGAUUGCUUUACGUGAAUCUGAUGAGGAUCCUACCAAUUUAGCUAAAUUGAACGCAAUGAAGGAUGCAACAGUAGUGUUGACAAAUUCAAGGCUUCAGUUAGCUACUAUGCUUAAAAAAAAGUCUCGGAACAAGUGGUUAGUGGAUGGUUCCAGUAAUACCAAUUUUUUCCACACUAGUAUUCGCAUUAGAAGGAGCAGUAACACCAUAUCAGAAUUGGUGGAUGAUAAUGGAGUAACUAUAAUUGAUGGGGAUCAGAUGGCUACUCAUGUAGUCAACUAUUAUACUUCCAAAUUCAACGGUGGUAAUUCUGUGUUAGAUGACUCUCUUUUUGAUAUGGAGCAUCCGUCUAUUUCUUAA